AGGAGCCAGGUGAGGCAGGCCAGGGACAAAGACCGAAGCUGGAGGCCAGGGCCGGGGCUGGCGGGCGCAGCGCCCCCUGGGCGUGUAGGUUGGUCUGCGGGUAAGGGCGCGCGCGGGGCAGCGGGGACGCGCGGGCGGUGAGGCCUAAACGCGGGGCUGCGGGAGCCAUGCGGCAGACAAGGAGGAAUGCGUCCUCUGAGCCACGCGGGCAGAAGAGGCCUGGGGCCUCAAGGGCUCCCGCCGCCGCUGCCUCGACUCCCGGUGCCACCCGCGCACGGCGUCCCGCGGGCCAAGCGGAGAGCAGGAGCCUGGCGGCGACUUGGAAGUCGUCGGCGAAGCAGCGGCCGAGGCAGUCGCUGCUGGCCCAGGAGGCGGAUCCGGGGGAGCCGGAGCCUGCGCUGCUGCCGCCGCCCCCGCCCCCGACCCCGGUGACUCCGACAUCCUCAGGGGCCACGUUGGACCUGGGCGACCAGAGGGAGCGCUGGGAGACGUUCCAGAAGCGGCAGAAGCUCACCUUUGAGGGUGCCGCUAAGCUUCUGCUGGACACCUUUGAGUACCAGGGCCUGGUGAAACACACAGGAGGCUGCCACUGUGGAGCAGUUCGCUUUGAAGUCUGGGCCUCGGCAGACUUACACAUCUUUGAUUGCAACUGCAGUGUUUGCAAGAAGAAGCAAAAUAGACACUUCAUUGUUCCUGCUUCUCGCUUCAAGCUCCUGAAGGGAGCCGAGAGCAUAACCACGUACACGUUCAAUACCCACAAGGCGCAGCACACCUUCUGUAAGAGGUGUGGUGUGCAGAGUUUCUACACACCCCGCUCCAACCCUGGUGGCUUCGGUACCAGCCAGAUCCUGAUUCUCAUUACUGGUGCUGCCAGCACUGUAUGCCACCUGGCCGACAUUGAGAGGAAUUGCCCCACACUGCCUGGAUGAGGGCACCGUGCGGAGUGUGGUCAUUGAGGAGUUCAACGGCAGUGAGUGGGAGAAGGCCAUGAAGGAGCACAAGACCAUCAAGAACAUGUCCAAAGAGUGAUCUCCUGCUUUCUCUCUGAAAAGGAGGGUGAUUGGGGCCAGCAGUUUGCUGUCCCCUCUGCUCUUGGUGGUGCCGUGAACCUGGCUGACCCUGGAUGCGGCUGUGCUGAGCUCUGCCCCUUGCUCCAGCUACCAGUUUCUUUAGGCAGCUCUCUGUCCUUCGUCAGCUCAGAUCUUGAUGCAGGCUAGUUAACAUCUUUCUUUCCUUUCCCAACUUUUGUGUGAUCUUUUAGAAAAAUAAAUAUUUUAAUAUUAAAGCA